AGAGCUUGAUCAGUUCCAUUUCGAGUCUCGACGGUCAACGAUGAAGUUCUGGUUGGGAAUUGCUUUGGUCCUUCUGGUCUUUGCCCAGAGCAAGGCUUCCAUAUUCCAAAGGACCUUCAAGAGGCUACACGAUGAGCCUCCACUGCCAAGCAACCAAAACAGGGCCGAUAUAGUGCAGACCCUAUGGAUCGAACAGAAAUUGGAUCAUUUCGACGAAGCGGAAACGCGCACCUGGCAAAUGCGUUACAUGCUCAACGAUGCCUUGUACCAAUCGGGUGGACCCCUGUUUAUUUAUUUGGGAGGUGAAUGGGAAAUAUCCUCCGGAAGGAUAACUGGGGGCCAUAUUUAUGACAUGGCCAAGGAGCACAAUGGACUUCUUGCCUAUACCGAGCAUCGCUAUUAUGGACAGAGUAAGCCUCUACCCGAUCUUUCCAAUGAGAAUAUCCAAUAUCUGACUGUCAAUCAGUCCCUGGCUGAUCUGGCUCACUUCAUAACCACCAUCAAGGCAACCCAUGAAGGGCUUUCCGAGUCAAAGGUUAUCAUUGUGGGUGGAUCCUACUCUGCCACAAUGGUCACCUGGUUCAAGAAGACCUACCCCGACCUAGUGGCCGGUGGCUGGGCCUCCAGUGCCCCACUGUUUGCCAAGGUGAACUUUGUAGAGUACAAGGAAAUCACUGGACAAUCCAUUGAACUAAUGGGUGGCUCAGCCUGUUAUAAACGCAUCGAAAAUGGAAUUGCCGAAUUGGAGGACAUGUUCGCCACCAAACGGGGAGGAGAGGUCAAGGCCCUGCUGAAACUAUGCGAACCCUUUGAUGUCUAUAGCGAUCUGGAUAUUUGGACCUUGUUCAGUGAGAUUUCGGAUAUUUUUGCAGGUGUUGUGCAGACCCACAACGCUGGUCAAAUCGAAGGUGUUUGCCAACAAAUAAUGGCAGGAUCCAGUGAUCUUAUUGGUGUGGCUAGUUUUCUUCUAGACGAAUUCGCAGAAAGUGGUGGCAAGUGCUACGAUUUGAGUUAUGAUGGUAUUACCGGAGUGCUUCUAGAUACUAACUACAAUGGCAAUAUCAUGCGUCAGUGGAUUUUCCAAACAUGCAAUGAGUACGGUUGGUACCAGACCUCCGGCUCCAGGGAUCAACCUUUUGGAACCAAGUUCCCAGUGACCUAUUAUACCACCAUGUGUGCCGACCUGUACGGAUCGAAAUACAGCAACGAGUUUAUCACCAACCAGGUGAGCACCACCAAUGCAUACUAUGGCGGCCUGACCCCUGGCGUGGAGAAUGUCUACCUCACUCACGGACAACUGGAUCCCUGGAGGGCCAUGGGAAUUCAGGAUGCAGACCAAGCUACCAUCCUGCCAGAAUAUGCCCAUUGCAAGGACUUUAAUUCUAUCAGCUCCAGCGAUUCAGCUGAAAUGAAGGCGUCCAAAGAACGCAUUGCCGAGUUGGUUCGCGAGUGGGUCAAGUAAACGUGAAAUUAAAUAAAUAAACAAAUAAACGCAAUGUAACUAUUAAUUAAGUAAAUAAACAUGUACACAACCUACAA